GCUGCAGCUGCCGUACACUGUAAUAACCAUAGGUCAUAAUAACCUGUUCUCCGUGCAGGAUGUCUGCGGCGCCUCACUCGAUGGCUGCGGUCUGUCAGGUGACGUCCACCCCCGACAAACAGGCCAACUUCUCUGCCUGUAAACGGUUGGCGGAGGAGGCCAAGGAGCGAGGGGCCGGCAUGGUCUUCCUGCCCGAGGGCUUCGACUACAUCGGAUCCAGUCGAGAGGAGACGCUGUCGCUGUCUGAGCCCCUGACAGGAGACACCAUCUCCCGAUACGCUCAGUUAGCCAGGAAGCUGGAGGUGUGGCUGUCUCUCGGAGGGUUUCAUGAACGAGGACCUGAGUGGGAGAGGGACAGACGAAUCUACAACAGUCACAUCAUAAUGAAUGAUAAAGGGGACAUUGUGUCCGUCUACAGGAAGUCCCAUUUGUUUGAUGUGGAGCUGCCAGAAAAAGGUGUGUCCCUCAGAGAAAGUGGCUUCACCAUCCCUGGACCCGUCCUCGUGUCUCCGGUGCAAACUCCCAUCGGCAAGCUUGGUUUGGGAAUCUGCUACGACCUGAGAUUUCCUGAGUUAUCUCUGGCCCUGCGGCGGCACGGGGCCGACGUCCUGACGUAUCCAUCCGCCUUCACUGUAGCCACAGGAGCGGCUCACUGGGAGGUGUUACUGCGUGCACGAGCUAUCGAGACCCAGUGCUUUGUCUUGGCCGCAGCUCAGGUCGGUCGGCACCACGAGAAGCGCUCGUCGUACGGCCACGCCCUCGCAGUGGACCCCUGGGGCGAGGUGCUGGGCGACUGCGGAGGCGAGAGUCCUGGCAUGGUGCUCGUGAAGAUCAACCUGGACCAAGUGAGCAGCACUCGGAGAAACAUGCCGGUCCAACAGCACCGCAGAGACACGGGCUUCUAUCUCAGUCUGGAGUAGGGUUGGGCGGUCAUAAGGUAAUAAGGUAAUAAGGUAGUAAGGUAAUAAGGUAGUAAGGUAGUAAGGUAAUAAGGUAGUAAGGUAGUAAGGUAGUAAGGUAGUAAGGUAAUAAGGUAGUAAGGUAUACCGGCGGUGUCUUUCAAUAGCCACGGUAUCAGUUUCAAUACCGUCAUUAAAAAAAAUUGCACUUGUAUAGUCGGCAGUCUGGCAGUAUUUCAUGUUCUGUGCAAACGAGAAGUGUAAACACUGACGAGGCCAUUUGCCCGCUCACUGCUGCGACGAUGCAUUUGGCCCCGAGUUCACUCAGUGCAACAGUUUCAGCGCCUCCCGCUGAUGCAGAUGCAGGACCAUCAACAACUAAGUCCAGCACCACUCAUACACAGCCCACAAUAAUGGGGGCCUUCGGGAAAACAACGAAGUUCAAAAGGGUGCGUCUGUGCCACAAGCAGGAAAAGUUGUAAGUCCACAACGUUCCCUGUUGAAGCCACCCAGCUCACAUUGGCACUGUGUGUGUGUGUUAUUUGUUUCUUUUACGUUUUCCACUUUUUAAUAAGCUGCUCUAUUUUUAUUAUUCAAAGUUGUUCAGUCUGUGAGUGAUGUAAUUGAAUUGAUGUGUGUGCAGUGCAUUCGGUGCAAAAACUUUUGUGGAUGGUCAGUUUAAUUUAAUUGUUUAACUCUUGUAUUUGCACUCUUUAAGCUGUUGCUAAUAAAAGCAUGACAGCGCUGAUGUGCACGUGUAAAUGAUAUGAUCAGUAUAAAACAUAAAAUGUGGAGACGGUAUGAAGGUAUCAAAAUUUGGAUACCGCCCAACCCUAGUCUGGAAGAAACGUGACUUCAAGAGAGGAGCAAGUUGAAAUGAAAAGAAAACAGGAUGUUGUCAGAAGAGAAGAUAUAAAGUCAAGAACAUAUUUCAAAAACAGUUUCUGUCUGAUAACUGAGAGAUUGUUAUUCGAGAUGAAGGAUCCUGCUCGAUCAGAAACACCAGAGAUGGACGUGAUAAUAAGUGAAGACCGACUUGAUGGAGCUUUUAAUCAAUAUAUAUUUAAAGGUGUCAAUACAAUUGUGGGGUCAUAGAAGGAGCUGCUUAUGAAGGAUAAUAGUAUAUAUACAUAUAUAUAUAUAAUAAAAUGACUUAGGUUUGUCUGUAAUGUUUCAUACAGAAGGUGAAAGGAGGAGCUUCACAAUGAACCAGUUUCAGAUACUUUAUUGAUCCUGAGGGAAAUAAAAGACUUCAUCUGAGUGAAAUGAUUCCAUAUAUACAUCCCUGAUUUAAUGUGCAUCACGUGUCAAUAUGUCAUUAAAUACUGUCACCGA